GUAUAAAGGAACCAGCUUGGUCUAAUUUCCUUAUCUGUCUAAAACUCUCUUAAACCUCUGUCUCUUCUCUCUCUUUCUUCUCUUACUUAUCUUCUUCUUCUCUUCUCUCAUUUCUUGAGUUCUCUCUCAAGACUCUUCUUUUCUUCAGUCUUCAAACAUAAGAAAGGAAGUUCCUUUUGUUUCUUCUGUUUUAGUUCUCUUGUGGGUUUAUCUAUUUGGGGUGGUGGUUAAAGGAGGGAGCUUUGGGAUUAGAAGUUUUUCAGUGAAAUCAGAAAGCUUUCGAGAGAGGUUUUUUUCAAUUUCAAAACGUGGGGGUGGGGGGUUAGGGUUAGGGUUUACAAGUUAUGCGAACAGGUGGUUAUACGAUUCAACAGACACUCACUACAGAGGCUGCUUCUGUUUUGAAGCACUCUCUCACUUUAGCUAGGAGAAGAGGCCAUGCUCAGGUCACUCCUCUCCAUGUUGCAGCUACAUUACUGUCAUCAAGGACAAGUCUUUUGAGAAGGGCGUGCAUUAAAUCUCACCCUGGUUUUUCAACUAAUUACCAGUUUGCCCCUUCUCGUCUUCAACAUCAUCAUCACCAUAACCAAAACCAUCCUCUUCAAUGCAGAGCUCUCGAGCUUUGUUUCAAUGUCGCACUCAACAGGCUUCCUACUGUUCCUGGUCCUAUGUUUCAUGGUCAGCCUUCUCUCGCAAACGCUCUCGUCGCUGCACUCAAAAGAGCUCAGGCUCACCAAAGACGCGGCUGUAUCGAGCAACAACAACAAACGCAAACGCACCCUCAAACGCAGCAAACGCAGUUAUUGGCAGUCAAAGUAGAGCUUGAACAGUUGGUUAUAUCCAUUCUUGAUGACCCGAGUGUGAGUCGGGUCAUGAGAGAAGCUGGAUUUAACAGCACCGCCGUGAAAAGCUGUGUCGAAGAUUGUUCCGUUUCUUCCGUCUUUUACGGUGGCUCAGCCGUCGGAGUCUUCUCUUCUCCAAACUCUCCCGAUCAACAACAACAACAUCACAACAGCAUCAACCGACUUCACCACUACCAAAACCCUAAAGAUUUCAACUUUAUAAACCCUAACUUCCCUUUAUGGCAAACCCAUUUCUUAAACCAAUCUCCAGACCAAAACCCACUUCUACUUUCCUCCUCCGCCUCUCAUCAUCACCAACAACAACGCCUGAGAGAAAUCGAUUUGAAACUCGUCGUUGAUGUUCUUAUGAGGAAGAAAACGAAGAAGAAGAACCCAGUGAUCGUCGGAGACUCAAUUUCGUUCACUGAAGGUUUCGUUUCAGAGCUAAUGGCAAAGCUAGAGAGAGGAGAAAUCGAUCAAACCGGUGAGUUAAAGCAAACCCAUUUCGUCAAGUUUCAUUUUUCGCCAAUGGCGUCCAAGUUCAUGAGAAGAGAAGACGUUGAGCUAAACAUAAAGGAGUUAAGGAAGAAAGUGCUCUCUUUAACAACGAGUGGCAAAAAUGCAAUUAUCUUCACUGGUGACUUAAAGUGGACAGUCAAAGAGAUUACAAACAACAACAGUGGUGGAAUCAAUGAGAUUUCUUCAUCUUACAGUCCUUUGGAUCAUCUUGUUGAAGAGAUUGGGAAAUUAAUCACUGAGUGUAACGACGAUGGUGAUGAUGAUGAUUGUAAAACCAGAAAGGUUUGGGUAAUGGGAACAGCUUCGUUUCAGACAUACAUGAGGUGUCAAAUGAGACAACCUUCGUUAGAAACACUGUGGGCACUUCAUCCUGUCUCUGUCCCUUCGUCAGCUAAUCUUGGCUUAAGCCUUCAUGCGACAAGUGGACAUGAGGCAAGGAACAUGAGUACUGUGAAUGCAACAAAGUCACUUUCUGGUUAUGAUAAAGCUGAGGAAGAAGAGACAAUAAGCCAUGUUCUGAGUUGUUGUCCUGAAUGUGUUACUAGCUUUGACAGAGAAGCCAAAUCCCUUAAAGCUAAUCAAGACAAGCUCUUGCCUUCUUGGCUCCAAUCUCAUGAUGCAGACAGUUCUUCACAGAAGGAUGAGUUAAUGGGAUUGAAGAGAAAAUGGAACAGGUUUUGUGAAACUCUACAUAAUCAGACAGGACAAUUGAGUAUGAUGGGCAACUAUCCCUAUGGCUUGCCUUAUGGAUCAUCACAUGAGUCUUCGAAAUCAACUUCUUUGAUUGAUUCAUUAGGUUUGAAGCCGAAUCAGCGAGCCACAAACUCGAUUGCUAAAUUCAGACGUCAGAAUUCUUGCACCAUUGAGUUUGAUUUGGGUGGAAACGAACAUGAGAAGGGUGAGUCGAUCAAUGAAGCUGAAGAUGACAAGGGAAAUGAGACGGUCACUCUUGAUUUGGGGCGUUCUCUGUUUCGAUCAGAUUCCGUAACAGAUACGAGACUGAAGCUCAGCGCUUUGGUCAAAGCUUUGGAGGAGAGUAUUCCAAGGCAAACUGUGACAAUGCGUCUUAUCGCUGAGAGUUUAAUGGAUUGCGUGUCAAAGAAGAAAGACAGUUGGAUUAUAAUCGAGGGCAGGGACACAACCGCGAAGAGGAGAGUAGCUCGUACUGUAUCUGAAUCUGUUUUCGGAUCUUUCGAGUCUCUGGUUCAUAUUGACCUUAAGAAGAAAGGAAACGAGUCAAAGGCCAGCCCGGCAACGCUACUUGCUUAUGAAUUGAAGAACCCUGAGAAGGUUGUGUUCUUGAUUGAAGACAUUGAUUUGGCAGAUUCCCGCUUCUUGAAACUCCUUGCUGAUCGGUUUGAGGACAAACGGAGGAUUAAAACCGGUAUCGAUCAUCGCCAAGCCAUCUUUAUUUUGACAAAGGAGGAUUCAAGGAAUGUGAGAAACAGAGACUCUGUUUUGCAAAUUGGUUUGGAGAUCACGGCACAGAGUCCAGGGAAAAAGAGAAAACCCGAAUCGGAUUUAUCGAUCGAGAAUGGGUUUUGGAUGAAGAAGGAAGUGUGCUCUAGGCAAUCGAGUUUCAAUAGCUCUUACCUCGACCUGAACAUAAAAGCUGAAGACGAAGAAGUAGAAGGUGAGAUCAGUCCAAUUUCAAGCGAUUUAACAGGAGAGGAGGAGACAGAGUUCUCCUCUUCAAGCAACUUUCUAAACCGGAUUCAAAACCGGUUUGUCCUAAACAGGUCAUGUGAACCAGGUAUCGAAAAAGGUAUGAUAACAGCAGCUUUCAGGGAGAUUUUUCCUGAGAGGGAAGAAGGAGGCGGAGUUAGGUUUAGCGUGGAGGACAAGUUAGUAGAGGAGCUUUACGGGAUUCAAAACGGUGCGUUUGAAAGAUGGUUAAAGGAGGUUUUUCAAACGGGGUUACUAACGGUUAAAAAGGGAGGGAAAAAGGAUACGGGUGUAAUUAGGAUGGUGUUUGGGGGUAUAGUUGACAACAAAGGAUAUGGUGGGGGUGUUGGUGGGUACAUGGCUACAUUUCUUCCGAACAAAGUCCAAGUUUCCAAGUUCGAGUAGUAGAAUCUUUCGGUUAAAUUUCUUUUGUUUCUUUUUCUUUCGUUCUUUCUUUUUCAAUAUGUAAAAUUUCCAUUACUAAUGUGGGGGUUUGACUGGUGUAACUCUUUUCUUCUUCGAAUGUAAUAUAAAUGCGUUUUAAAUUUGGGAAAAUAUUUUUAUUAGGAUUAUGUAAGAAAAAUAACAUCUUGCAUGGAUGCUGUUAAUGACUAUGGUAAUGGAA